AUGUCCACGCCCGAGGAGUUGCUGCAAAAGUACGGGGGUGAGAUAGUCCCUCGUGGCUUCAACGCGGGUUUCGUCGUCCUGAGCUAUAUUGUAUCGUUCACCGGGGCCGCCUCAACGCUCGAGUUGAUUAAUCGCCGUACUUCGCUCAAAGGUGUGGCCAACCACAUGAUCCUGUUCAGCGCUGCUGUGACCAUGGGUGGAAUCGCCAUCUGGUCCAUGCAUUUCAUUGGCAACCGUGCUGUCGUCUUGGCCAACGAUGAAGUCGAACUGCAGAUUGCAUACUCGAGUGGCUUCACGGCCUUCUCCUUCUUCCUCCCUAUCCUGGUGCUUCUCGCCGCUUUCUUGGCCACCGGCACGAACAACAACGUCUCUUGGUGGCGAGUCUGCGGCGGGGGUUCGCUGGCCGGCGCUGCAAUAUGUGGCAUGCAUUACCUUGGAAAUGCGUCGAUCAACAAUUACACAUGCGGAUACGACCUGCCCAACGUCAUCGGCUCGGCGCUGAUUGCCAUCGUCGCCAGCAUCGUGGCUUUAUCCACUUUCUUCGUGUUUCGCGCGAGCUGGAGCCAUUCUUGGUGGAAGAGAGGGCUUUCGGCAGUCGUGCUGGCUGGUGCCGUUUCGGGGAUGCACUGGUGUGCAGCUACAGGUACCAACUACCGCUUGGUAAAAUUGAACGAGAGUAAUCAGCUUUCUCGAAACACCAUCGUCGUGGUUGUUAUCUGCCUGUCUGUCGCCGCGGCUUUCAUCGUGGCUGGGGCGGCCAUCAUUGCGACCCGAGCCAGGAUCCGAUCUGCCAGCCAGGCCCAGCAGGUCGUGUUGGCUGCCGCUGUUUUCGAUGGAGCUGGCAGGAUUCUCGUGAAUCCAGAUGGCCUACUGCCGAGCGAAAAGAUCACCGAUAGCUAUGUCGAAAAGACUGCGAGCGACACAUUCAGCAUCGCAAACCCUCUCUUCCAGUGGAUGUUCCAGGCCUCGCGGGAUUGGAACGUGGUAGGGCCCAUGAUUAGCGGCAUCGUCAACCACGUGGCCAACUUGCCCAAGAGUGAUCGGGAAAGAAGGAUGCGAUUGAUCAGCGACGACGGCCUCCUCAUUGAGAACUACGAUGUCAUAUUUCGCGAACUAUUCUGCCUUGCUGCUGCGAAUCUGGCAGAUAAGCUGAAAGAACAACUUGUUCAUGUCGGUAUUCUGUGGGAUGAGAUACUCCCGACGGGUGCAAACGGACCGUAUCGACGGCGCCAAACAGAUGGGAGUGAGUCAUUAGAGAAACUCAGACGUGAGGACCUCGGCGAAAAGGGGGAGGGUUGGGCUGUCAGAGAUGAAGGAUACGGCCGCGGAUCACUCAUGCUCCUAGUUCGCCGGCUCGAGCACGUACAUGAUGUGGAAAAGCUCGAGGCAGCUGGCUUCCGAUUCGCAUACAUUCAUCAGGUUUGCGACAUCAUCGGAUCCAGUAUGCAGAUCAAGACCAGCGACUUCGGUGGAAAGCUGGCGACCAUGUCAACAUACGCCGACCAGAACACGAUGAUGGAACCGGGUGUUCAUGUCGGAUUCUUUGGUGUGCAAGCACGUGUCGGCAGGCUGGGCUUCGACGUGCUCGUCAAGCAUGGUAUGCGCAACCUCCUACCUACCAUGCCAAUGCCUUUCGACCGUCUGGAGCCGUGGUAUAUCGACUUGAUCCGCCAGUACGAUCGGACGAGCGUCACAGACCUCCUGCGGAGUCUCAAUGCGCUGAAGAGGACAUCUCCGCGUGAGAUGCUCUUCGCCUCGCAGCUGUCGGAGACCAUCGAAGCCCUCCGCGUCUGGGUGGACGAGCCAAUCUUCGACGAGGCGGUCCUGACGUCCAAGAUCGUACAGCUACCGUGUCGGCCACGGCCAGGGUCAGAUUCGGCCAAGACCUGUACAAUGAUCACGCUUCGACUCAUGAUUCCUAUUCACGCCACAAUCAAGAAUCCCAAGUGCGAGUUCAUACCCUUGAGCGUCCUCAAGGUUCAUCAGAUGGUGUAUAAAGACUCGCCCCAGCACCUAGCCUUUUCACGAUAUGUACAUCGGGAGUUGUCGUCUCCCAAUGCGGCACCUACCGACAUAUCAAAGGACACAUGCCACCAAGACUCACGAGUGUUCCGCGCAAAGGCUCGUCUGAGCUCUUUGGCACGCUCCCUUCAUUGGGCUGGCCAAAGGAGUUCAGUCAACUUUCCUGUCGAUGCAGAGGGCAAUCCCAUUCCCAUCCGAUUAGGCGGGAAGAAGCUCUCCGGUGGCAGCGUAAAUGACUCGGGUUCCACGACGAAGCUUUGGAAGGGGAAGGGUAGCGACGACAAGAUAUCGUACUGCGAGGUCCUGCCUGACAAAUCGAUAGGCUCCGGCCCGGAGGCGCAAACGGCGUCCAGCUUUGGCGGCAUCCUGGUGUCGCAGGAGAUCAAGGUGGACGUCAGGCAAGCCGAGGAGGAGGUUGACGGCAAACCGGGCCGCGGCACCCGCCAGACACAUUGUCGGGGUCCGUCGGUGGCUCCUCAGCAGCAGGUCUCCCAGACGAUGAGGACGCCGAGCACGGGUCACGUCACGCAUAUAAGAGCCGCCGGCGCCGGCCUGGAGUACGAGUUGGACUUGAUGAGGAAAGGCGUGCGUGCGGGUCAGACUCUCGGAUCGACAGUCGUCGAAAGUGAGGACGCCAACGAGACAAUGACGUUUGUCGACGAGCUCUUCGCCGCCUGCGUGGAUGCACGCUAG